CGCUCCCUGCCACAGGAAGCCCCGGCAGCGGCCUCCGAGGGCCCCGCAGGGCGAGCCACAAGGCCGAGCAGGUCCAGGUGUAUGCUGAUCCAGGCUAUUUGGACACCCUGACUCAGGUGCUGGGGGCCCUCCCUCCCCCCCAAGGGGGCAGAAUGGAGUUAGAGGAGGGUUACAAUGGGAGUUCAGCCCUGGGAGCUCAGGGGGGCGUGGCUAUGUCCAUCAUUGGUGCGGAAGAUGAGGAUUUUGAAAAUGACAUUGAACCUCUCUGUUACCUGCACGUGGACCUCAUCCUAAACCGCCUUGGGCCCAAGGAAGCCAAGAAGCAAUUUGUGGAUUUUUGCCAUGUCUUCUUAGACAAAACUGGGCUGCUGAGAGUCCCUAUACCAACUGUUGUGCAGUUUGAACUGGACCGAAACAGACCCGAUCUCAUCCCGGAAGAUCAAUUGAAAAAAUAUUUGCAGGACAUCCAAGCUUUUCAAGAAGUGGAGAUAUCCCAGCAGCUGGAGGACUUCAGGGAAAAGAGGAAAAUGGGAAUGACCCCGGGAGAGAAGGAGCUUUUCGAACUCGAGGGCUAUCGGACCAAAGACAAAGGCAUCAGAGAGGCCAAAGAGAAACAGCUGGCCGAACAGCUGCUGGUCAAACUGGAGGAGAUGCACCUCACCAUUUCUACCGACGAGGAAAAAAGCUCUGCCAUAUAUACCGCCAUUGUCACGUAUAUGAAGCAUCUGGGGGUUAAGGCCAAGACAGCUGAUAACAAGAAAUCAAAAGCAAACUUUUUCCGCAAAAAGAAGGCGAAAAAGGCUGACAGGGAAGUUGGGCCGCUCGGAGAGCCUGCGGGUUUACGAGCGGAAGCGGUCUCAGCGAGGCUCGGCCAAAGGCAAACAGCCGCGUUCGCGGAGCGAUGUGGACAUCGAAGCCGCGGCCCGGGCCAACGAGCUGGAAGGAAAACCAACCCUAGAACAGGCUCGGCAGAAGCAGGGAAGCCGCAAUUUGGAACCCGGAGGGGCUGGGGGAGGUGAGCCCCCGCCGUCCUUUCUGCUUCCCCAGUCUGAGGAGUUUGAGCCGCGUGUUUCGGAACUGGAACUGGACCCGCCAAACUGGCGGGAGCUUGUCCCCCCCGACACCCUCCUCAGGCUGAAGAAAAGUGAAGUGAAGCGGCAAGAAGUGAUCAACGAGCUAUUUAUCACAGAGCACGCCCACCUGCGGAUGCUCCGUGUGUUACUUGAGGUGUUCUACCAACCGUUGUUGACCGAGGGAUUCUUCACCGAGAGCGAACUGGUGAACAUUUUCCCCAGCCUGGAAGACUUGAUCGACGAACACAAAGUGUUUCUGGAGAACAUGAAGAGGCUGAGAGAGGAGAAUAAUUUGAUUGUCUCCGAAAUUGGAAGCACUCUCCUGGCUAGA